CAGUAUUACUUGCAACUUUUGAAGCUACCCCUUUCCGUCUUCGUCAACGAUCCACUUCCGAUCCGGUCAAGAACUGCCGGCGGAGUAUCCUUUGCGGCGGUGCGCGGUGCAGGUGGAAGAAUAUGCCGAAGGUAAAGACAAACCGCGUAAAGUAUCCAGAGGGAUGGGGAUUGAUUGAGCCUACCCUUCUAGAACUGCAGGCAAAGAUGAGAGAAGCUGAGAAUGAUCCACAUGAUGGUAAGAGGAAAUGUGAGGCUUUGUGGCCUAUUUUCAAAAUAGCACAUCAGAAGAGUCGCUAUAUUUUUGACCUCUACCACCGAAGGAAGGAAAUUUCCAAGGAAUUGUAUGAGUUCUGUCUGGACCAAGGCUAUGCUGACCGCAAUCUUAUAGCAAAGUGGAAGAAGCCGGGCUAUGAACGUCUCUGUUGCUUAAGAUGCAUGCAACCACGGGAUCACAACUUUGCUACUACUUGUGUGUGCCGAGUGCCUAAGCACCUUAGAGAGGAGAAGGUCAUUGAGUGUGUCCACUGUGGUUGCAGAGGCUGUGCCAGUGGAGAUUAAUCUCAUCGUCUGUCCUUAAGCCAACAUAAUAAGUGCUCAAACUGUAUCCUUGUUAAACGAUUUUCACUGGAUUUUACAAGUACUCUGUUCUCCUCACCUGCGCUGUGUCUCUCCGUUAAGUCUUGUGUCAUCUGAGGCCUUGCUCUAGGGGACAAAACUUGGCUGUAGCAGUCCACUAUAUGUAAGUGAUAGUGAAGUUCAUAAAUUAAUUAACUCAAAAGACUUGUAUUAUGUCUCAACUCUGUGAAGCGGAUUACACCCUUGCUUGUUAACAAGAGUCUUAUUUCUGGCCUAAAAGGGAAUAGGCUUGUUGAAUACAAGCAGAUUUUGUUUUCUUUUCUGAUCUUGAGUUGUACAAAUGAAAAAUAAUUUUCUUC